UUAAUUCUGUAUUGUGUGUUUGUAUUUUGCUUCAUACAAAAUGUACGAGUGCUGUGUAUGUAAAAGUUCACGACAGGACGCUAUUUUACAUCAUUUUCCUCGCACUGAGAAAAGACUCAUGAAGUGGUUAAAGUAACUAAAUCGUGAUAAUCUGAAAAAGUUAUCACCAGAAGAACUUUCAAACGUUUUUGUAUGUCAAAAACACUUUGAAAAGAGGUUUAUUACGCCGAAAUUACGUCUCAUAGGCAGUGCAUAUCCAUCUUUGUUUACCGAAGACGAGAUUUCCUCUGGAAUACCAUCACAGGACAAUGCCGAAAACAUGGAUAUUGAUUUGGAGCAUAGUUACUUGCGUAAAAGACACUUUGACCACACAUACUUUCAAAGGGAACCACUAAAAGAAGUAAUUGCCUCUAGCUCCAGUGAGUCUCAGAAUGUGCCUGGCCCAUCGCAAAUUCCACUGCCUAAACAGGACUUAGUUAAUCCUGUAAUCAUUGAACCAGUGAUGAAUGAAGCAUUUCAAGCCUCUGGCUUGGAUACAGUCAGAAUUGCUAAGGAUCCGAAACCUAUGAGAAGACGUUUAAUCACGAAAGUAAAAGAUUUGUCACCAACAUGCAAAAGUAUUUAUAAAGAAUACAAAAAGUCUAAACAGCAGGCCGAUUUUCAUCGAAGAGCUAAGAGAGCCCUUCAGUUUAAUAAGAAAAUGUUGUUCGAAAAAUUAACAAAUAAAAUGAAUCCUUAUGCAAAAAACAACAACAACAUAACAAAUAUUGAGUUGUUUUAUUUAUUUUAUUUUAUCGUAUUAUUUUAUAUAAAUGAACUGGAACCCCUAACCACCUUUUUUUUUUUUUAA